CUAUGGUUUCAUUAUUAUUUCAUUUUUUAUUGAUAUAAAAUUUAUCAUCUAAUAUCGUGUUACCUACUAUAUUAUAUUAUCUAUCAGUUAGAUUAUAGAUUUUUAGCCAACAUGACAUCUAGAGAUGACAUAAAAUAUUCAGUAAAAUACGAGGAUGAUACAUACGUUUACAGACACGUAAUUUUACCAGAAUGUUUAGCUAGAACUAUGCCUAAGACUCAUUUAAUGACUGAAACUGAGUGGCGAAAUCUUGGCAUUCAAAUGUCAACCGGCUGGCAGCAUUACAUGAGACAUGGACCCGAACCUCAUAUAGUACCAUUCAGAAGAUUAAAAAAUGAAAAUCAUGAAUUUUAACUUAGUAAAAUGUAUUAUAAUUUUUGUAUUCAUAUACUAAAAUAAAUAAAACUUUUUUUUCUAUUAUUA